GAAUCCUUCGUUCUUUCAAGGAAGCUUUUCGCUGCCAUGUUUCCUGUCCGCGUCUUGCUUCUCGCUGUGGUAGUAUCAGCGAUUUCGAUCCCACGGACGGACUCAUCUGAUAACCAUAGCCCGCCAACGGUAAAGGUGCGCAAUGGCACGUACAAGGGCCUGCACUCUCAGCAAUACGAACAAGAUUACUUCCUAGGAAUACCGUUCGCGCAGCCUCCUGUUGGGGAUCUACGGUUUCGCAAUCCGAAGUCCCUCAAUUCUACAUGGGAGGGAACACACGAUGCAACGGCAUUUUCUGCUGCAUGCGUUGGAUAUGGGUCGUCUCAGCAAGGCUACAACGUUUCGGAAGAUUGUCUAUAUCUCAAUGUUGUUCGUCCAUCCAAUGCAAACAAGACCAAUGGGGCCAAACUCCCUGUCGCAGUCUGGAUAUAUGGGGGCGGUUGGAGCCAAGGAAGCGGUGUUGAUCUGCGGUACAAUCUCUCUUUCAUUGUCCAGGAAUCUGUCGCAAUGGGCCAGCCUUUGCUAGGAAUCACGCUCAACUACCGACUCAGUGCAUGGGGCUUUCUUCAGAGUCAAGAAGUCAUUGAUUCAGGAAAUACCAAUGUAGGACUUCGCGAUCAAAGACUCGCAUUGCAUUGGAUUCGGGAAAACAUCGCUGCGUUUGGCGGGGACCCUGACCAGGUUACAAUCUGGGGCCAAUCUGCCGGAGCAGCUUCCGUGGGUAUGCAUAUCAUGGCAUACAAUGGACGAGACGAUAAAUUGUUCCGUUCUGCUAUCAUGCAAAGCGGUGCUCCCAUCGCAAUCAGCGAUCAAAAUCGGGAUGCGUUCUUUGAGUCUGCCUACCAGAAUCUGACGGCAAACACCAAUUGCAACGACCAUUCGUCCCCACUGGAUUGCUUAAGAAGCUUGCCUUACGAAGAGCUUAAUGCUGCGAUUAACACGACGGGACUGAGCAGCAUCUGGUCUCCACAGGUUGACGGAGAUAUCGUAGCACGCACUUCAUCAAUCCAAAUUAACGAAGGCAACUUUGUGCGCGUGCCAAUCAUUGUUGGCGCGACUUCUGACGAGGGGACUUCUUUUUCUCCUAAAGGCGUCGAAGAUACAGAGAUCUUCAAAUCGAACAUCCUAGCAUCCGCUCCACGAAUGAACGAGUCGUUUGCCCAACAGGUUCUUGCGACCUAUCCUGAUGAUCCCUCACAAGAGAUUUUGGCUAAUUUGGGUCCUACUUUCCGACCUGGUGCACCCUAUGGCGCACAAUAUCGCCGAGCAGCGACAUACUAUGGCGACGCGUUAUUUGUUGCAAAUCGACGACGCACUUGUGAGAUUUGGGCUGCAUCCAACCUCACUGCAUAUUGCUAUCGAUUCAACGCAAUACCCGCCUGGGCCACCCCGAUGGAUGGGGCCACUCACUUUGUUGACGUUGCCUUCCCAAUGCUCAACCUUCUUGGCGUAGGAUACCCACCCGUGAGAAUCCCGCCAUUUAAGGGUAAACCGCAGAGCUAUACAGAUUUGGCCAAGCUCAUGAGCAGAGAUUGGAUUCAGUUCAUCAACUCUGGGGACAUUGCGAAUCAGCAUAGAGAAAGUGACUUCGGGGUCUCAGAUUGGCCAAUGUACCGUGUGGAUAGCCCUGAAGAGUUUGUGUUUGACGCAAACGUGACUAGCUUUGUUGAGAAAGAUACGUACCGAUCGGAAGGGAUGAAGCUGAUCAAUAGUGCAGCGGACUCUGUUUAUGGGAGAUAA